AUGGUUUCUUUCUCAACAAUUUUGCACUUCAACUUAUUGCUUGUGGGCCAGUCUAUAUUUCAGGAUGUUGCAACUCCACAACAAGCAGCUACAGAUCAAUAUUCAAUCAUCAAUUUCCUCGGCGGAUCUGCACCUUACAAACAAGGGUCGAGGUAUGGUAUAAGUACUGAUAUCCCCGAGGGGUGCUCGGUGGAACAUGUCCAAAUGAUUUCACGACAUGGGGAAAGAUUUCCUUCGAAAGGCGAUGGUGCCUAUUUUGACACAGUGAUGAAUGCUUUCAAAAGCUACAACAAGCAGUUCAAGGGUGAUUUGUCAUUUUUAAAUGGCUAUGAGUAUUUUGUUACAAAUAAUGAGUAUUACGAAAAGGAGACAAGUCCAAACAACUCUGAGGGAACAUUUGCUGGUACAACAAACGCACUUAGACAUGGGGCAUAUUUUAGACAGCGGUAUAACAUGUUGUUUGAUGGAGGUAAUUUCACUGUUUACACUACAAAUUCAGGUAGGUGUUAUCAAACGGCAAACUUUUUUGCUCGUGGGUUCUUAGGUGAUGAUUAUUCAGAUGAUCAAGUGGAGUAUGUGGUUAUUGACGAGGAUCCAAAAAUGGGAGCCAACUCAUUAACACCGCGCUAUGCUUGUACAAACUUGGACAAUAUCAACAACGAUGAGAUUGUUGAUAAGUUUGAUAAAAGUUAUUUGCAAGACAUUUUGGAUAGAUGGCAGCAACAAAAUCCUGGCUUGAAUUUGACGACAGCGCAAAUAUCUUCAUUAUUCUUGUGGUGUGCAUUUGAGAUAAAUGUGAGAGGAUCUUCACCGUUUUGUUCAUUAUUUACCAACGAGGAGUUUAUAAAGAGUGGAUACAGAAACGACUUGACUAAUUACUAUUCUAUCGGACAGGGCAAUAAUUUGAGCACAACAGUGGGAUCCCCCAUGGUAGAAGCCUCAUUGAGAUUACUACUCGAUGAAUCCCCAACGAGCAAGAUUUGGGUGAUGUUCACUCAUGAUACAGAUAUGGAGUUUUACUUAUCUUCCAUGGGAUUGAUUAAUCCCGAAAAAGAUUUGCCUAUUGAUCAUGUGCCAUUUCCAAACCCGUAUAAUGCAGCACAAAUGUUUCCACAGGGUGGUAGGACUUAUUUGGAAAAAUUAAAGUUUAACGACAAGAUGUAUGUUCGAUUUAUUAUGAACGACGCUGUCGUACCAUUCCCUAACUGCAGCAGUGGAGUUGGUUUUUCCUGUGAGUUGGGCCAGUUUGUCAGUAUUAUAAGGUCAAGAUUAGAUGGAGUUGACUAUUCGUUACAGUGUAACAAUUCCGGUCCGUCGAACUUGACUUUCUUUUGGGAUUAUCUUGAUGUACAUUAUGAUGCUCCGUUGAUUGAUCAGUAA